CACCCCUGCGCGCAAUAUUCUGGAAGUCUUCCGUUCAGAAAGGCAAAGAAUACGUCACCGUGGGGUUCUAUUUAAAAACCGCAUAUUGGCUCCAACUUCCAUUCGCCAAUUUUAACCCGCUCAGUUGACAACCGACUCUCUUAGCUGCCACUUCAGCCUGCGGAAACAUGUCGAUGGUGCCGAUGAUGUUCAGGGACUGGUGGGACGAUUUUGAGUUGCCUCGCUCCCGUCUUUGGGACAACAGCAACUUCGGCCUGGGUCUGCACAGGGACGACCUCUUCCGCGCCCACAACAGCAUGCUGCGCCCGUGGACAAGGAGACAACAGAGCGCGAUUGUCCACCCCAUCCAGACCGAAACCGCCAACGCAGACAACUCUGUCUACAGCACCGUCCUCGACGUCAGCCAGUUCACACCAGCAGAGCUCAGUGUUAAAGUUCAGGGCAAUGCGGUGGUCGUCGAAGGAAAACACGAAGAGCGCGCCGACGACCACGGAUACAUUUCUAGGCACUUUGUGCGCCGCUAUGUGCUUCCUGAGCAGUACGACCUGGAUCAGGUCAAUUCGAGCCUUUCAUCUGACGGCGUCUUGACCAUUUCUGCGCCAAAGAAGUGUUUGCCGGGCAGCGGCGAACGAGUGGUUCUCAUUCAGCAAACUGGAGUUCCAGCCGUGAAAUCGGCGGCGGUCACAAAUGAGCCGACCAUCACUCACCCACAAACGCCACAACCAAUUUAAUUCUGUGUUGCAAUUUAAAACUUGAUGAUUAUGUUUAAAUCGCUAAAAUAUCUUUUAUUUUGGCUAUAAUCUUUGUAUUUAUUUUAUGCUUAUAAUAAUUAAAUUUAAAUGUUAAAAAAAGUUUUUU